AUCAACUACAUUAGUAACACAAGACAAACUGGUAAAGUCUGUGACCUCCCAUCUUCUUCUUCCGUGAGAAAGAAGACAAACCUGCAAAGGAAGAUGAAGAUUCAGGAGAAUCUUGAAUUUAUUGAUGUACUCAAACGAGCAGAAAAGCUACUCUACAGUAACAUAAACUUCAUCCUCUUCCUCUUCCUUUGCUCCCUCCCUCUCUUUUGUUUCUUGAUUUUCUUCGAGCUCUCCCUCCAAACCACUAUCUUAGUCGCUUCUGAAUACUUCUCUCAAAAAGUCAAGUUUUGGGGUUACUACUACAACGUUCCUCAAGACCAUGCCUUGUUGAAGAACCUGGUCUCGUUGCUUCUCCAGACAUUUCUCUUCUACUUGUUCCCUUACAGCCUUUUAGACCUCCUCACCACCACUACCAUAGUCUCCGCAUCUUCACUUGUCUACAGGUGCGAAGAGGAACCGUUAAGGCUCAGUCAGUUGGUUCAGAGAACCAUAGAGAUAUGUCGGAACAGAAUAGGAGGUUGUCUGAUCACAUCUCUCUAUAUCCUCCUCAUGUCAACCUCUGUUUUCUUCGGUUUCUUCUUUGCAGCAACGAACUAUUUGUACAUAAUAUCUCUGAUCGGACUUGGUGACCACACAUACCGCUAUUACAUUAGUAUUGAAGAAGAUGUUGUCAUCGAUACCACCACACCAACCCCCAUGCUUUUAACAAAUGGUAACGUCUUCGAAGAUCUAAAUCCAAGUAGGAUCUUGUUCGGCUCGGUGAUGGCUAUGUUUCACGGUGCUAUCUUCAUAGUCUUGCUGGCUAAGUUCAGCAAGUGGAGUGCAGGGUGGAACAUGGGUUUGGUUGUUUCCGUGUUAGAAGAAGAAGAAGAAGACGGUCAAGGCAUCUACGGAACAGAUGCUUUGGCUCUGUCUUCUUACUAUGGAAGAGGACACGAGAAGCCUGGCCUCUGGGUGAUGCUUGUGUUCUUGUUAUUCGUUCUUGCGAUGAGGAUACCGUGUUUAUGCCUCAAAUGCAGUGAGAGUUCGAGUGGGAAUGGAGUCUUGUACACUAGUUUCUACGUCGGUUUGAUUUGUGUUGGGAAUGUAAUCAAAUGGGUGGCGAGUGUAGUGUUAUACCAUGAUUGCAGAACUAGGGUUUUGGAGAAAAAAGGUGAUGUGGAGAUUGGAUCAAAAGCUAAGGCUUUUGCUACCUAAGAGAAGUGGUUUGCCUUUAUCCUCUUGUAGUAAAAUUUGACAUCUUUGUCACACAUCUGCUUUACUCGAUCUUAUAAUAAAAGAACUAUUUACAUUUGAGUUUACUAGGUUUAAGCCGUUAAAGUCGUUACAUGUUAAUUUAUUGUUGUUUGACCUAUCAAUGUUCAUAUACUAUGGCCAAGAUGUUUGCUCAUCACAUCUAAAUUUACUUGCAAAAUGAAAGUUUAAUAAUUCAACUUGACUCAGAAGUCGUCUGCAUAAUAGACUUUAUCUACUAAAUGAAUCCCCACCACUAUUACAUACGCUGUGACUUAGUCAAGAAGUCAACGUCA